UGUACACGUGUUGCUUACUGAUGUGAUCAUACUUGAAAAGUAUAUAAGAAGAUGCGUUCCAUUCGUAUACCCAUCAAACAGUUCGUCAAUUCUCUUCAAUUGAUACGUUUGUAAUAAACUUUUGGUAGUUCGAAGCUGCAAAAAUGCUGAGUCGAAGAUCUUUCACACUGCUGCUCAUUGGCUUGGUGGUAUCCCAGUUCUUAAUUGUGGAAGCCAACCAUAAUGCUCCAGCUAACAGAAGAGACGGAAAUACAGCUCUGCAUAUUGCUGCUAGAAAUGGUCAUUUGGAACAAGCUCGGGGACUCAUCAAUACAGGAGCCAACGUUACUAUUACAAAUAAUGCACGAAACACACCGCUUCACGAAGCUGCUUAUAAUGGUCACAGGAAUGUCGUUGAACUUCUCAUUAAUAACGGAGCCAACUUGGAAGUUCGAAAUAGUGAUAAUUUAACACCUCUUAACGCAGCUGCUUUAAAUGGUCACUCGAAUGUCGUUGAUUAUCUCAUUGAGAGAGGAGCCAAUACUGAACUUGAUUGAGAUACCUGUUCAACAUGCUGCUAACAAUGGUGAAAAAGAGCUGAAUAAUCGGAUGAUUUGACCAUAACAAAAUUGCUCCUUUGUUCGACCAUUGAUUUAUUAUUCUAUAAAAAAAACAGCUCAAGUUAUUUGUCUGUUAAAUUCCUCACAGUAUUGAGUAGAAGAUUUUUUACCUGGACUUGUGCAAAUUUAACCGUUUGUCUAUAAUAAGUACAAAUUGAAAAAUAAACUUCUC